GCAGUGCAUUAGGAAUAAACAAUCAGAUGAAACCAAUUACGGUAGAGAAAUCGGACCUCAAUCAAGAAGAAGUGCAACAUCUUUGGUUGUGAAACAGUGAGAGGAGUGUGUAUGUGUGUGAGAGAGAGAGCGUGAAAGAGAGUGUGGAGUCCAGCGCGCUCCGGGCAUUUGGUGAAGGAAGCGCGGAACUCGGGAGCGCAUCAGCGGGAUUGAAGCAGCGGCUCUCGGGCGCAUCAUGAUGCGCAGCUACUCGAAAUCCUCCCCAGGAUCAAAUGCUCGACAAAAUGAUGCUUUUUAGACCAUCCGGACUAAAGGAUCGUCAGGCUGAUUCUGUUGGGGGUCUGGAAUUAUAUUUUAGUUUAUCUGGGGGAUGUAUAUUCUGAGAACUCAUACCGGAGAAGAGACUACAAGACUUUAAAAUGCUGCCUAGAUGGGUCGAAGCCUCUUCAGAAAAGGUAAGUGGCUCAAAAUGCUACUUGUGAGGAAGGUCGUGCCUUACGAGAAUCGUCCAGCUGUGGCGAGAGAGGAGGUCGUCUUCGAUGAAUCCUCCAUACUUGCUGCUCCGGCCCUCACACUUUGAAAUCGUCCCUCCCUAAACUCAGAGUGACAAUGUGAUGAGCUCUGCUAUCAUUUCCAGCCCAAGCAUGGACGGAGGGAUGAGAGGGAGUCGCACGAGUUAAUGAGACUAUUGCUCUUGUGUUGGGGAGCUUAGGACAGGCAAUUACAGGAGGAUUACCCAGCGACUUCAACAUCGCAUACUCUCCACCGAGGCGAGCUUCGAGAUCCGCUAAGAACUCCAGUGUGGUGGAUUUUAUUUGAUUUUUUUUUCACCCUUUUUAAUUACGUGCACUGUUGUUGCUGUCAGAAAGUUUGCAAAGUUUUACAAAAUGGAGGUACAGAUCCGAAUGUGGAAUAAAGACCUGCCUACUUUGAUCAGCCCGUGGAUACCAAUACUUCUGGGCCUUCACAUGCAUUUCUCCUGGGCCACAACCUGUCCGGACGAGUGCCGGUGUGACAGGACUUUUGUUUACUGCAAUGAGAGGAGUCUAACGUCAGUGCCUCUGGGGCUAGGAGAGGGUUAUAAGACCCUCUACCUCCACAACAAUCAAAUCAACAAUGCUGGAUUUCCUCUGGAAAUGCACAACGUUGCCUCUGUGGAGACGGUGUAUCUCUAUGGCAACCAGCUUGACGAAUUCCCUGUCAAUCUUCCCAAAAAUGUGCGGGUGCUCCACCUGCAGGAGAAUAACAUUCAGACGGUGUCCCGGGCCGCCCUGGCGCAGCUGCUACGCCUGGAGGAGCUCUAUCUGGAUGACAACUCCAUCUCCACCGUGGGUGUGGAGGAGGGGGCCUUCAGGGAGGCCAUCAGUCUGAAGACCCUUUUCCUUACCAAGAACCACCUGAGCAGCGUCCCCAUCGGGCUGCCUGAGGAGCUGAGAGAGCUGCGACUGGAUGAGAACCGCAUCGCAUUUAUAGCGGAGGACGCGUUCGAGAACGUGACGGGCCUCGAGCUCCUCCUCCUGGAUGGGAACUUGCUCACGGACGAGGGCAUCGUCCCCGGGGCUCUCCAGACCCUCGUUAAUCUCAAAACAUUGUCGUUGGCGCGUAACUCCCUCACGGUUCCUCCUCCUAAUCUGCCAGCCGAGUUUUUAGUCAAGCUCAACUUGCAGGAUAAUCAGAUGAAUGAGAUUCCUUUGACGGCCUUUCACGGCCUCCAUCGCUUGGAGAGACUGGAUAUUUCAAACAACCAGCUGCAGUCUCUCACACAGGGGGUCUUUGACGGCCUCCACGGUCUGAGACAGCUCACUGUUCGAAACAACCUUUGGCUCUGUGACUGCAACAUUAAAUGGGUCAUACUGUGGUUAAAAUCCCUGCCAGCUACCCUCAAUGUCCGUGGCUUCAUGUGCCAGAAACCAGAGAGGGUACGUGGCAUGGUAAUCAGAGAGCUAACCCUGGAGCUCAUCCAGUGUCCUAACAGCACCGCCACAGUCCCACAGCCCACACUGCUCUCUUCCUCCACCGCUGAGUCAGCCACUCAAACGGCUUUCACACCCGCACGCUCCCGGCCUACGCCCAACCCUCCACGUCUGACGCUUCCACCGCCGACUCCAGGCAAAGACGGGGAGCAGAGGACGAGUGACCCGGUCAGCCCGAUGCAGGAAUCGCUGCGAGUUUCCUUUGCGGUGCUAAACGGUUCGUGCAUUCAGGUAAGCUGGGUGUCGACGUUCACCGUCACAGCCUAUAAGGUGACCUGGGUGAAGCUGGGUCACAGUUUGAUAACUGGCCCCAUGCAGGAGUCGCUUGUGCAGGGCAAACGUGAGGGAAUCACACUGACAACCCUGGAGCCCAAGUCCACCUAUCGCAUUUGCGUGGAUCCGCUGGACGCAUUCAAUAAUUACCACCCGGGAGACGAUACAAUUUGCUCAGAGGUGACGACAAAGUCUGCUUCCUUUCACUCCAGCGAUAACGCCACUGGGCCUGAGCAGGCGACCCAGCAGGACCCCAGCUCGCCUUUCCUGCUGGCUGGCCUGAUUGGCGGGGCGGUGCUUGUGGUCCUGGUGGUUCUGUUGAGCAUAUUCUGCUGGCACAUGCACAAGAAGGGAAGGUCAGAGUCGUCAAAAUGGAAAUACAGUCGGGGCAGAAGAAAAGACGACUACUGCGAAGCGGGCACUAAAAAGGAUAACUCUAUUCUAGAAAUGACUGAAACUAGCUUUCAGAUAGUUUCUUUGAAUAACGAACAGCUGCUCAAGGGGGACUUUCGAAUUCAGCCGAUUUACACCCCUAAUGGGGGUAUUGGAUUCAGAGACUCUCAAAGGAGAAACAAUAGCACAGCGUACUGCAAAAACAGUGUUCCAGAGUCUGAGACAUGCCAUAAAUGAUGAUUUUAAACAGAUAAUGUCCUUUGUAUUUAGACCUGACUCUUAAACGCACUGUAUUUCAAAAGACAGACUGUAUAAUAUGUAAUUUAUAUUCUGAACAAUAUCGCCUUCCUUUUUUAUCGCUUAGUAAAACUACAAUGAUUUAUGAAUAUUUAGUUUCUAUGUUGUAUUACUACAAUCCAAGCUCAUGAAGAUAUAGAAAGUGGAUCUUAGCAAUCAGCAAUCUUUAAGCACAAAUCAAUGUCAAGUGCCCCGUUCUUCUUCACUAUAUAUUUG